AUGGCUACCGGUCAGCAAUCCAAGGCUCCACAGAGCCAUCGGGUUGGGGAGCAUUGGAGUGGUGCCAAUCCCAUUCCAACCAUUAGUCACUUUAUGGAACAUAUCGAUGCCGAGAAGAAGGAACGAGAUCGCAGGAUAGACGAAGAAAACAGAGCCAAGAAAGAAAGGACUACACAGAGCAACCAGGGCAAGCUAGGCAAAGGGAUCAAAAAGAGGAGAUGCCGUCGCUCAUAA